GGAUAGCACCGCGUAAGGGCGGCGAAAGGAGCGGGGCAAGGUGGUGCCCCCCGAGGGAGAAGAUGCGCUGGGCUCUGCCGGGUCAGCCCCUCAAGCAGCGCCCGUCCCCACGCGGCGGCCCGGCAGAGGAUGGCUCUGAGGGGAGCGAACCCUCCGAGUGCCCCGGCGGCGGAGCAGGCGCCCCGCGCCCCCGCAGCGCCGUGCCCCCGGAGCCCCGGUCGCCCCAGAACCGCGGGAGGUGGCGGGGCCGGGCCGCUGCCCCCCAGGACGGCUUCUGCCUCCUUCCCUCCCUCGUCCCUCCCUCCCUGCCGGCCGGGAUUGGCUGUGCCCGCGGCGGGCGGGCGGGACGCGCGGCGCCCCGACGGUGCGGGGAGCGCGGCCCUCGGAGCGCGCCGCCGCCUGCGCGCCUGGGCUGUCCUACACCGCGAUUGUCCUUUUUCCCCUUCUUCUUUUCUUUCUUUUUUUCUUUUUUUUUUUUUCCCCUUAUGCCACUUCCCUCUCGGGACUGGAAGCAGGAUCCGCGCCCCUGGAAUUGCUAUGCCAGCUGAACUCUCCCGGGCCGUGGGAAUGCACGCCAUCUCCGACCUGCACUCCUCCCUCCCCCUGCGGCUCCUCAACAAGGGGCCCGAGUACCUCCGCAGGCAGCUGGAGGCCGGCAAGCCGGGCAGGAAAAGCGCCGUGGAGAGACUGGCCGCCGAUAAGGCCAAGUACGUGAAGAGCCAGCGGGUCAUCAGCACCAGGCAGGAUCCCGUCAUCGCGCUCAGCUCGGCCUCGGAGAGCGGCAGCGAGAGCUGCUCCGUGGAGAGCCGAGCAGCGAGCGCGGAGCCGGGCAGGGGGCCGGGCGCGAAGCCGCUGGAGCGGGGCAGGGCGGUGAGCUCCUGCCGGGCCCCCCUGCAGCACGGCCCCCCCAUCGCCAGGCGCAGCACCAGGAGGCAGAUGCGGCCGGAUUCCCUGGUGAUCUACCGCCAGAAAUGUGAGCUGGGGAGAGGUCAGAGCCAGGACAGCUCACGGGGGAACUUGGUGAGGAGGAUCUUCCAUGGGUCCAUAAAGGAGAAGCAGUUGGCUUCCCCUGAGUUGCCCAGAGUCAUGGAGGACGUCGCAGCCACCGAGAGCAGCGAGCGUCUCUCGGCAAAAGAUGGUGACCGUGAGCCAAGCGACCAUGGAGUGGUGCAGACCAUCCCUGUGGGCACCGAGGGGGCAGGGGUGUGUACGGAAGAGCGUGAGAGACCCUCAAAACUGAGUACACCUCCUGAAGAGGUCAAGGAGGUGAAGAGGAGAGGUCUCCAUCGCUCCCAGUCGGACAUCAGCUCUCGCUACUCCAAGUCCUUCGCUGACUUUGAAACAUUUUUCAAGUACUGUGGCCUGGAGCAGGAGGUCAUUGAGGAUCUCGGGAGAGAGAACUUCUCGGUGGUGUCUGACAAUGUCUCCUUCAAGAUCCGCAGCAUCAGCGUGGCGACAUCGGAGAGCGAGUUCACGAGGCACAGCGGGGACGAGGGGCUGCUGGAGGACGAGCUCACGGAGCAGGUGCCCAGCAGCACCUCGGUGAUCGAGCGCAACGCCCGCAUAAUCAAAUGGCUGUACACGUGUAAGAAAGCCAGGGAGACCGGCCAGGCGAUCCGGGAGCUGGCGUGAUGGCCUCGUUCAGCAUGCUUUGCAGCCUGCUGAACUCAAGAAUUAUUGACUUGGAAGUUGAACAAAACCAGACACAGGAAGAAAUUGUUCCCUCAUCUGGCUUAUGUGUACUUUGUCCAAGUUUAGUAUUUUGUUAUUGCUUCCUACCUUCACCCCCAUCCCCUGGAAGCCUCACUCUUGUCAAGCCCAAGGGUGUCCAAGACUGCAGUGACAAGUGGAGAUUGUGAACUGUGCCCCAGCAAGACAGCAGGAAACAGAAGCCCCUGGAAAAGCAAAGCGUGUCUGCAGCUGCCAUCCACAGUAAAGUUCAGCAUCAGCUCACUGCCUCAGGAUGUCAUUCCAGGCUGUGACAGAAGGUCUGUUUUGUGCACCCAUCUCUUUCCAGCAAUCAAUUUAUCAACUGGGAUGGGGGGAGAAAGUGGGAAUGAAGUGGCAAUGACCUCUGAGUCAGGUGUUCCCUUGCAGACAGACUCCACCUGGACGUUCAAAGGCUCUGCCUUACCAAGGCUGUUUGAUCAGAACUCAUCCUGACAUCAUUCACCAUCAUUUGCUUGGCUGCUGAGGGCUAACUGUGGCAGCCUUAUUUCAGAUAUGUGGCAAACGUGUAAGCUAAAUCCCUGCCAAACUUCUCUUUCUCUGAGAGCAUGCAAGCCAAACUGGUAUACCUUGUAUGCAUAUAGUUUAUUCUUGCCAGUUUCUCACACAGCUUGCUCAGCCAUUGGGAAAGAGUAGCACCAAAUACUUCAGGAGCAUUGUUCCAAGAAACAGGUAUUGAGGGAGGUUUGGCAUCGUUUCUGCCUUGCAGAAUGGUACAAUUUGUUUGCAAUGUGUGCCUGACUCUGACAUGGCAAACAUGGCAAGGUUUGGCAGUCGUGGUGUAGCACCUUUAGUUUUUUAGGCAGUGAGUGAGCAGGCUCUCACAGAGUGGCAUUAGGGAGCUGUGCCAGGCAGUGUGAAGCCUGUGAAGCCACACUUCUAGUGUGCUCUGCAGCAGGGCUGUGCCAGGAGGCAUCGCUGCGCUGCAAGGCAGGAAGGCAUGUUAGGGCACAGCCAGGCCAGGGAAUGUCCGCAUGACACCCAGUGUCACAACACCUCACUCAGUAUAGUCAGUAAAGUGCUUCAUUUGGGCUGCCUGAGCUAACAUGUUCUGAAGGGUGAUAGUUGGAUCACUAAUGUAGUGAAUGAGGCCUCUGCAGUAACUCAUGGAAUUUGCUGCCUCAAACAGCCCAAUCUGUCAUUGCUUGCUAGAAAAUCAAAGCAUUUCUAUGUGGACAUUACAGACCACAAAACAAUACAAAAAAAAAAAGCCACUUUCCCUUUCAUUUUCAGUGAUACCCAUCUGUGGAAGCUGCCUGACUGGCAUAAUGUUGGCUUCAGCUGUUGGUCCUGCAGAGGUUAAAGUUUACUUUGUGUUACCAUGGUUGUGGAAGAGUUGCCCUUGAAGAGCUCAUCAAGAUCAGCUAAAUACCAUGAGUUGCACUUCCAUGGGUUUUAAAUGUGCUUGUCAGUCCUUGGAUGGUUAGUUCUCCGUUGCAGCACCAGUUUGCAAUGUCUUCUGUUUCUACUUUUAGGUACUAAGGCAUAUGCCUGAAGUUCUUAAGAUACCUAGGUAACAAUUCCAGAUAAAAUAAUUGUUGAACCCGCUUUUCAGCUGGGAGAAAACGGAAUAGUUUGUGUGAGCUCCUUCAAACUUAGAGAGAAGGUAGCAUAUGUGGAUAUUUUCCUACAAAAUGAAAUCUCUGUGUAUAUUUGUUACAUUAUUAUAAAAGGAUGAUUCUUAGAAAACUUCAAGAUGCUGCUAAUAUAAGAUUUAUACACUGAAGGUGCGGGUUUUUAAAGAUCACAGUUUAGGUUUAUUAGUCAUAAUAUGAUGUAUUUGUUCUGUUCAUGCUCCCAGCAAGAUGCUGUACCACGUAUAUAUUUGUAUAUCAGAGCUAAGGAAUGCUUUUCUUUGAAAACAUGAAUGACUGUAGACAGCUCAGAGUGCUGGAAGAAAAUCUUGUGAGUUACAAUCCAGUGCCCUGCCACAGGAGGAAUAAUUUGUUUUGUUUCCAAGGAAAUUCCUUGUUUCACUUUCAAACUUCUAUUUGUUGUUCCUCUGCCAGUUGAGCAGCUUUUGAAAGUUAAGAUGAAAGAUGUACUUCUCAUGAGUUUUCAGUAUUAGAAAGGAAUAUGUUUAAUGUGCUUGAAAACACUGAACAUCAGCCUUUCUGAAAAUCAGUGAGGGUUUUAUGGCAGAGAUUAGUGAAAUCAGAACUGCACCCAUUCUGAAUACUGUUUUAAUCUCUCUUUUUGCCUUUGUGGAUAGUUCAGUAGGGUUCAGGUGACUUUCCACACUGAUGUGGCAAAAUUUCUCUGGCUUUGUUCAAACUCUGCAGGAAUCCCAAGCACUCCCAUUUAUUUCAGAGGUUAUGUGGACCUGUCUAAGAUCUUUGCCUGAUAAGCUAUAGAUUGCCUUUAUUUAAUAAUACCUUCUGGGGAAGCUAAUGAUUUACAUUUCCUUUAUGUCAGAACAAAAAUAGAUGACAGUCUUUCUUUCUCCAUACUUUUUGGCAAUGGGUAAUUCAGUGCUUUUUCCAAGUGAUGAGAGCUCUGAUGUUCAUUCUGCUCCUGUUACAGUUACGUGUCAAGGGUUUUCCUUUCUUCUGCUGGGUCUUUCAGGCAUAUCCUUCAAAACAAGAACUUGCUAAUGUUAGCCACUACCUAUCUUCUCAAAAAAAAUCAUCAUUUUUUGUUUGUUUGUGGUUUUUCUAAGUAUUUGAUUAUAAAAGAUAUCCUUUGGGACAGGUGGAAUCUUCCAGCUUUGGUGUUACACUGUGGAAAAGUGGGCUGUUGCAGUUUGAACAGAAGUUUUAGAAACAGAGUUGGUUUUCCAGUUGUCUGGGGAGCCUGAAAUGGUGGCUGAUGACAAAGGCUGGUCAUGAAUGGAAUAAUUUUGUUUGACUAGAACUAUGUAAACAAAACAGUCAAAUGGGGUGCAAGUGUGCAGAACCAAUGCUGUUUACACCCAAGUGUUUGUGGUUCUCCAGUGCUGUGACAAGGGGCAAUGUCCACAGCUGUGGCAUAACAGGAGAAAGGCACAAAGUCUGGGGUUUAUGGCCUGGAAUAUGGAGAUAAGACUGAAAACUUUGCAAUGUAUUGUAAAUAUUACUGUAUAGAAAACUAUAAAAAAUACAGAUUUUUCUAUAUGUAUAUUACUUUUCUAAGGGGUAUAAGUGUACAUGUUUUAUGAAAUCGGCCAAGCAUUACAUUGGUGGGGAUUAAGCAGAAACUUUCUUUUGGAGCAGGUUGUCCUGCCAUUGCCUCCUGUGAAGUUUCUUGCAUCUACAUUUGAAUCCUUUGAAAUGGAAUACUGGUCAGAUCUGGUACAGAUGUUUCACCAUGGUUGUGCUUAUAUUCCUGUGAAAAAAAAACUUUGUGCUAUUUAAUGCAUACAAAUAAAACUACCAUUCUGAGGUAA